CGUUCGAGACGCCGCUCACGCGGGCGCGGCUCCCGGUGGCCCGGGUCCGGCAGCCAGAGGUCUUCCGCGUGCCCCUCGACGUGGGCGCCCCGGGCAUGAUGGAGGCGGCGGACCAGGUGUGGCAGAGGCUACUGGAUCGGCGCCGACGCGCCUGCGACCGCCUACAGCAACUGGCGCUGGCAGGGCUGGGCAGGCACCAGGCCUUCUGCCUCCUCCGCACGGUCGUGCCGGCAUAUGUGAACUUCCACAUGCGCACGGUGCCGGCCGCAGAGCAAACCCUGACACAGCUGGACGCCCCAGUGGCCGCCGCGGCAGCCGCCCUGGGCCGCUCUGCUCCUCUGGACCCCUCCCGCCUUCGCUGGUCACGCUUACCGUUGCGUGAGGGCGGCUUGGGGCUUCCCGACGCUAAGCGGACCGCGCCGGCGGCGCUCCUUGCUAGCGCUGUGGACGCGCUCCCAGCCGUGGCGAAGGCCGUCAAUGCGAGCGCGUUGGAGGAGCUCGGAGCAAGGGCACCGCGGCUGGCGGCCAGAGUGGACGCGGCGACGGCGACGCUGGAGCGAGCAGGGCUGGCUGUGCAGGACGACGUGCGCCUCGGACUGACACAGUCCCAGGCCCACCUGCAGAGUCGCCUUGGGCGUGCCCUGGCCGAGCUGGAGAAGGACGCACUGCUUGGGGAGCUCCCGCGCGAAGACGGGGCGCUCCUCCGCUCAGGCGGAGGCCCUGGAGCGGGUACCUGGAUGCUGCCGGCCGACGAGGAUGAGGAAUGGAUGCUGGACGACGAGUUCGCCGCUGCUUUUCACGUUCGCCUCGGCCUGUCGCUGAACAUGCCUGCCACGUGCGGCGCCUGCGCGAGGGCCGGGGUGCCGGACGCCGCGGCGCAGCACAACAACCAGGCAAUCCAUGCCCUCUGCUGCCCGCGGGGGCCUUCGCACACGCGGAGGCACACGCGAGUGCUGCGGGCUUUCAGCAGCGUCCUGGAGGACGCGCUCGGCGCGGCGCCGCUGGAGGAGCAGGUAGUGCCAGAGUGGGCGCAGGACGGGGUCGAGGCACGGCUGGACAUCAGUUUCGCCUUGCCUGGGGCCGCACUAGACACGUUGGCGGCCGCGCUCGAGCGCAAGAAGCGCCGUCGCUACCCCCACCCUGAGCUGGUGCCGCUGGCGCUCGAGUCCGGUGGGAGGAUGGGGCCCGCCGGCGUAGCCCUCCUGCGCGCGCUCCACAGCGGCCUCCCACCAGACCAGCGUGCCGUGGCGAUGCGCCGCGCCUGCCGGCGCGUCGCCAUGGCACUCCAGCGCGACCAGGCGCAGACG